AUGAAUUUAUACUUGCGCUUUCUUUAUGUCGUUCUGGUUCUUAGCAUUGCAGGCUUUCUUAGAUUUUAUCUUCUUAAUUUAAAAGAGCAAAACAGCCUUCACAGGCUCAAUGUAACAAACAGUUCUGCCUUAGCAAAGGUGUGCAAUGGAAUUGUAGAAGGAAAGGCAUCUUCUCUAUGGAAAAUAUCAGGCUCAUCAUUAUCAUCAUCUGUCUGGAGAUUUGCUUGCGAAGAAUAUUUUAUUCAGAAUCACUAUAUAACAAGCUCGCUCUCUGCAGAGGAAGCUGUAUUUCCAUUAGCUUACGUUAUGACUCUACAUAAAGAAUUUGAUACGUUUGAGAGACUCUUCAGGGCUAUUUAUAUGCCCCAAAAUGUGUACUGCAUCCAUGUGGAUAAGAAGGCACCAGCUCAGUUUAAGCAAGAUGUGGAGAAGUUAGUGAGCUGUUUCCCUAACGCUUUUCUUGCUUCCCAAAUGGAGCUAGUGGUUUAUGCUGGCGUAUCUCGACUUCAGGCUGAUCUGAACUGCAUGAAAGACCUCCUGGAAUCAAGGGUGCAGUGGAAAUAUGUUCUCAAUGUGUGUGGGCAAGAUUUCCCCUUAAAGACAAACAAAGAAAUAGUUCAGUACCUGAAAGGAUUUAAAGGGAAAAACAUCACCCCUGGAGGAUUGCCUCCCAUUCAUGUUAUUGGAAGGACCAAAUACAUCCACAGGGAACACAUAGGAAGUGACUCAUCAUAUAUGAUAAACACCCAAAGGUUGAAAAUGCUGCCACCCUACAAUCUAACCAUCUACUUUGGCUCUGCUUAUAUUGCUUUGACAAGGAAAUUUACCACAUUUGUUCUCAAAGAUCAACGUGCUACUGACUUGCUUGCUUGGUCCAGAGAUACCUACAGUCCAGAUGAACAUUUUUGGGUGACACUCAAUAGGAUACCAGCCGAGGCUGGGGGCGGCUGCGGGGACUACGUGUCCCGCAGCCGCUACGUGACCCGGCCGCUGUCGGCGGAGGAGGCCGCCUUCCCGCUGGCCUACACGCUGGCGCUGCACAAGGACUUCGACACCUUCGAGCGCCUCUUCCGCGCCAUCUACGCGCCCCAGAACCUGUACUGCCUGCACGUGGACCGCAAGGCGCCCUCCGCCUUCCAGCGCGCCGUGGCCGGCCUGGCCGCCUGCUUCCCCAACACCUUCGUGGCCUCGCGGGCCGAGUAUGUGGUCUAUGCUGGCAUCUCCCGCCUGCGAGCCGACCUGCACUGCCUGCAGGACCUGGCGGGCUCCGCCGUGCCCUGGCGCUACCUGCUUAAUGCCUGCGGCCAGGACUUCCCACUGCGCACCAACCUGGAGGUGGUGCGCUACCUGCGGGGCUGGCAGGGACAUAGCCUGACCCCUGGCGACCUCCCGCCCACCCACGCCCAGGUCCGCACCCGCUAUGUGUACCAGGAGCACCUGGGCAACGCCACCGACCCUGCCGCCACCUGGGCGGUGGCGCGCACCCCACGCCGCAAGGCCCCGCCGCCCCGCAACCUCACCAUCUACUUUGGUUCUGCCUACGUGGCCCUGGCGCGGCCCUUUGUGGACUUCGUGCUUCGCGACCCGCGGGCCACUGAGCUGCUUGCCUGGUCUCAAGACACCUAUAGCCCCGACGAGCAUUUCUGGGUGACACUCAAUAGGAUCCCAGGUGUCCCUGGCUCCAUGCCCAAUGCAUCAUGGGAAGGUGACCUGAGAGCUAUAAAGUGGAAAGAUAUGGAAAAGAAACAUGGAGGUUGUCAUGGCCAUUAUGUCAGAGGCAUUUGUAUAUACGGAACAGGUGACCUCAAGUGGCUAUAUAACUCGACAUGUUUGUUUGCCAAUAAGUUUGAGCUCAAAACCUAUCCACUCACUGUUGAAUGCCUGGAAUUGAGACUGCGAGAGAGAGCCCUCUCACAGAGUGAAAUUCAGGUGGACCCAAAUUGGUACUUUUAGAUUAAAGCCCAGAAAUGGAAAUAAGUUCAGUUGCUGAAGUUGUGGAAGAAGAACCUCCCCCAAAAGACAUCUGAUGUUCACCACUGGCAGUUCAAAGAGAAGGCUGGACUCCAUAUCACACAACUCAUCAUCACAGUACCAGAGAGACCAAAGGAGAAAGAUUUGAAGCAAAGGCUGGGGUAAAGAGAGUCUUGGGCCUGCUAUAUUUGUACUUUUGCCACUUUUGUGGCUAGCUUGUUUCACAGUGCUGACUUUUGCUUUACUGUGUUACUGUCUUGUUCUAUACCCACAUAGAAUCAUGCGUCUCUAGAGUUUUAUAGACCUAAACAAUAUCCAGAACAUGCUGCAUAAUUCUUACCCUUCUUUGUAAGGUAGAAACAAUCAACAAGAUCAUAAAAAUAAUCCAGAUACAGAUACAGAAAGUAAAAUAUUUGGCCAAAUCUCCCACAAACAAGUGGUUGACAUGGAUAGAUGGCACAGUAUUGAAAGUUGGAGAUAAGAGGACCACUUCCAGAUUUCCUCAAACAUUUCUAAAAUCUUCUUGAGAGUCUGGGGAGGAGGGGAUGUUUUCUACUGGAUGGGUGGUAGCUGAACUUAGGAGAUACAUCCACAACUACAUCCUUUUUGAGAUAAUGCUAGUAGUCUCCCAGAGUUUAUUACUCUGGACUAAUGUACUGCACAGAAAAUCCCCUUUAGCUGUUGCUCAGACUAUCUUGCAGAAAUGAGCCACUAGAGCAUAAAACAUUUUAGCUGGUCUGAUAUUCCAGUUAUGUAAUACAAAUCUUGUUUCAAAGCCCACUGAAGAUAAGUCACAAUUGAUUAAGUCAGGGAAUUACCAGGUACGUGACAGAAAAAUGUAUUUCUGAAAGUUCUGGGCAUUAAACUCUGUCACACAUACAGUAGAUUGGACCCAUAGCGUUUACCUUAGAAUUCUUCCAAAUGGGAAUAGGAUACUUUUCUUUCUGUAAAAAGAAAAGUGGAGUAAGAGAAGAA